GAGUGCUAUAUAUGUAUAGGAUUAAAAAGAAAAUUUUCGACGGAUCACAUUCAACUCCCAAAAUCAUUGGUCUAAAACAUCCCAUUGGUUUUAGUGGAGAAUCAGACCAAUAACAUGGGUGGUUCUGAUCAACGGACCAUCUCUGCUUGUGGGGUUCAUUGAGCAGUAAGUGAAUUCAGCUUUUGACUAGGAUCUGUUGGAGUCGUUUGUUUUGGACGAUGUCUACAUUAAUCUCUUAUCACCGUUUUUUUUUUAAAGACAGAGGUCGUUUUUCUGGUUUGUAUUCGAAUAGUAAAUUGUUAUUGUAGGUAAGCAUGAGAUUUAUUUUUAGAGAAAAAGCAUGUAGAAAAAAUGGCAUGUCCAUGCACGCAUGCAUGCUUAUAAAUACACGAACUUACUCCUUCUAAAGCCAUAUCGAAUUCUCUCUUUCUCCUCUCACUUGCUCCACAUGAAAAUGGCAGCCAUUACUCUCUUUUCUCUUCUUCUUUCUGUUUUAAUCAUCUCUACAAAUUCUAGAAACAUACCUCCAAUCCAUUCUCAUUCUCUAGCACCAUCAGAUUCUCUUUCUCCUCCACAAGACUGGACGACCACCGAGGCCCAUCGUCAUCAUCAUAACCCUCAUCGUGACCUUGCUAGCAGUAAUUUCACCCAUGUUUGUGACUCUUCAAGAUUCGCUUCUUUAGGUCUUCACAUGGCCGAAUUUGCAUAUUGUGAUAAAUCACUUCCAUAUAGUAUCAGAGCAAAGGACUUGGUUGAUAGCAUGACAAUUUCAGAGAAGGUGGCUCAACUAGGGAACAAGGCAUAUGGGGUGGCUAGGCUUGGACUUCCAAUGUAUGAAUGGUGGUCAGAAGCUCUCCAUGGUGUGGCCAACACAGGCCCAGGUACCCAUUUCGAUAAUAAUAGCAUCCCGGGGGCCACAAGCUUUCCAACCGUUAUUCUCACGGCGGCGUCAUUUAAUGAGUCACUAUGGAAAACCAUAGGGCAGGUUGUUUCUACAGAGGCAAGGGCCAUGUACAAUUUAGGUUUAGCUGGAUUGACAUUCUGGAGUCCUAACAUCAAUGUUGUUAGGGACCCCAGGUGGGGUAGAAUCACAGAGACCCCAGGAGAAGACCCAUUCGUCGUGGGCCGCUAUGCUGUGAAUUACGUUAGGGGCUUGCAAGAUGUCGCGGGGCACAAAAAUCCUAAGGACUUGAACUCUAGGCCACUGAAGGUUGCUGCAUCCUGCAAGCAUUAUGCUGCUUACGACGUCGACAACUGGUUAGGCAUCGAUAGAUACCACUUCGAUGCAAGGGUGACUGAGCAAGACAUGGUGGAGACGUUCCUCCGUCCAUUCGAGAUGUGUGUGAAGGAAGGAGACGUUAGCAGCGUCAUGUGCUCUUACAACCGUGUCAACGGCAUCCCCACAUGCGCCGACCCAAAACUUCUAUCUCAAACGAUAAGAGGAGAAUGGGAUCUUCAUGGGUACAUUGUUGCCGAUUGUGAUUCAAUCGAGGUCAUUCAUCAUGGCCAUAAAUGGCUCAACGACACAGCAGAGGAUGCAGUUGCUCAAGUACUCCAAGCUGGGUUGGAUUUGGACUGUGGAACCUACUAUACUAACUUCACCGAAUCAGCAAUCUUGAAAGGAAAGGCCAGAGAGAGUGAUGUGGACAAGGCAUUGAGGAAUCUCUACGUCGUGCUAAUGAGGCUUGGAUUCUUUGAUGGAAGCCCAACAUUUGCUUCGCUUGGAAGAGAUGAUGUGUGUUCAAUGGAGAACAUGGACUUGGCAGCUGAAUCUGCAAGGGAAGGGAUUGUUUUGCUCAAGAAUGAGGGUGAAACCUUACCUUUGAGAUCCAACAAGUACAAAAAGCUUGUCCUGGUGGGCCCACAUGCUAAUGCAACUACAGCCAUGAUUGGAAACUAUGCCGGCAUUCCAUGCCACUAUGUGACUCCCCUGGACGCCUUCUCUGCACUGGCAACAGUUCAUCACGAGAUGGGGUGUGUUGAUGUGGCAUGCAAGAACCAGUCCUUCAUCAAUCAAGCAGUGGCAGCCUCAAAGGAAGCAGAUGCAACCAUCAUUUUUGCUGGGUUAGAUCUAUCCAUCGAGGCCGAAAGCUUGGAUCGGACUAAUCUCCUCCUUCCAGGUUACCAGACUCAGCUGAUCCUUGAUGUUGUCGAUGCUGCCGCAGGCCCAGUCGUACUCAUCAUACUUUCUGCUGGAGGCGUAGACAUCACAUUCGCUAAGACCAACCCUAAGAUUAAUGCCAUCAUCUGGGCUGGGUACCCUGGCCAAGAAGGCGGUCGGGCAAUCGCUGAUGUUGUAUUUGGGCAUUACAAUCCAGGGGGGAGGCUACCGAUCACUUGGUACACUGCAGACUAUGUAACCAAGCUUCCAAUGACAUCCAUGCAAAUGAGACCAGUUGAUAACUUGGGCUACCCUGGGAGGACCUACAAAUUCUUCGAUGGUCCGGUGGUCUACCCAUUUGGCUAUGGGCUCAGUUACACUCAGUUCAAGUACAAGCUCACAUCUGCGCCAUCAUCUGUUACAAAGAAGUUGAAGGCGCACCAACAUUGCCAUGACAUUAGCUUAAAACCCAAUGCAUUUGUGCCAUCAUGCCCGUCUGUGUUGGUGGAAGAGACAAGAUGUGGCGAUGCAAUCAACGUUGAGAUUGAAGUGAGUAAUGUAGGGCAUCAAGAUGGGUCCCACGUCAUCUUGGUCUACUCUAAGCCGCCUGCCGAUUUGGUUGGAGGUCCUGUUAAGCAAGUGGUAGAGUUCAAACGGGUGUUCGUACCUACUGGUGUGACCAAGACGGUGAAGUUCUCGAUUGACGUCUGUAAGAGCUUGAGUGCGGUGACAGAUACAGCUUACCUUGUUUUGCCAGCAGGGGAGCACACGAUCAUGGUUGGUGAUGGAGAUGAAGCUGUAUCAUUCCCAGUCCAUGUUAACCUGUACUCUUAGUUAUGAAGGGGAAUGUGAAUAUACUCCUCACAAACAACUUCCCCUACCCUAGCAUUGCAUAUGCAAAUCUAUAGUUGAAUAUUGUUGAGAGAAAAGGUCUUCUUGUUUUGGUACUAAACAAAUAAAGGCCUCUUUUGCUAACAUACAUCUUCUCCACUUACCUUUAUGUGCAUCACCUAUUGACAACGUGGCUGAUGUAUAAGACCUCUGAUAUGAAUAGAUGAUGAUUUAUUUUUUAACUAACAUUAAAGUAUUUUGAGUCAAUUUUCUUUAAACUCCAUCAUGGCCACCUCAUGAUGAUCCCAAUCU